AUGUCUUCCGACCCAGUUGAUGUCCUCAUCAUUGGCGGCGGGCCCGCUGGCUUAACAGCUGCUCUCACUCUUGCGCGUCAACUGCACACAGCGGUCCUCUUCGAUAACCAGUCAUAUCGCAACGGCAAUUCCCCCUUUAUGCACAUGAUCCCUACGUGGGACCACAGAGACCCUGCUCAAUUUCGUGAGCAGGCUCGUCAGGAGAUUCUGUCAAACUACUCCACCAUUAGCUUGGAGAACACGAGUAUCGAAAAGGCCGAGAAAGGAGAUGACGGUCUUUUCAAGGUAACCGACGCAAGUGGGAAUUCUUGGGUAGGAAGAAAAUUGAUCCUUGCCACUGGAUCCCAGGACAUUUUCCCACCCAUACCCGGCUACGCCGAUGCCUGGGGAAAGCGCAUCUUUCACUGCCUAUUCUGCAAAGGAUACGAGGACCGCAGCGCAAAACGGGCAGGCGUCCUCGCCAUACAGUCCGCCGCAAAUGUGCCGAUGGCGAUGCAUCAGGCGGAAAAUGCUGCUCAGCUGGCCGAACAGGUUACAAUCUAUACCAAUGGACAGGAGACACUUGAGUCCCAGUUGGCUACCACAUUGGCAAGCCAGAGCAGCAAUACUGUGUUCAAGGUUGAUAACCGUGAAAUCACCGGUCUGGAACUCAACGGGGAUGUUCUGAGUACUUCGGCCUCCGUUCAGGUCCAGCUUGCCGAUGGUAGCCAGGUCGAAGAGGCGUUUCUCGUGCAUAAUCCCAACACCCAGGUCAAGAGCACAUUCGCUACUCAAUUGGGCCUGGAACUUGCACCUUGCUUCGUUCCUGGUACGGGGGAUAUAGCUGCAGCGGCGCCUUUCCACCAGACCAGUAUCCGGGGCGUUUUUGCUGCGGGUGAUUGUAUUACUCCGUAUAAGGUGGUUGCGGGUGCCAUUUCUAGCGGAUGCAAUGCGGCUGUUGCGGCUUCGGCGCAAUUGUUGGCAGAAAAGCAUGGUCAUCAGCCACUUUUCUGA